AUGCGCAAACCUCUUAUGCGCAUUCCCUACACGGAACUCUUGGCCCCUCCCACAGUCCGUCCAAGCACCGCAAAUACCAUCCCCGGUGCUGUCGCGGCCCUCCAGAACUUCUUCACGGCCCCGCCUCCAAAGGGCCUGCCGAGGUCGACCGUCGUACUGACUGGGGCGGGCCUAUCCGUCUCCAGCGGUCUCGCCGACUACCGAGGCGUCAAUGGCACGUAUCGCGUGAACAAGACGUACCGCCCAAUCUACUACCACGAGUUCCUCGCCAACCACGAGGCGAGGAAACGGUACUGGGCCAGGAGUUUCUUGGGUUGGACGUCGCUUCACAAGGCGUCGCCAAAUCAUGGUCACUAUGCCAUCCGAGAUUUGGGCCACAUGGGCCUGAUUCGGAGCGUCAUCACGCAAAACGUUGAUUCAUUUCACUCAACAGCUCAUCCUGACAUUCCAACAUUAGAGCUGCACGGCUAUCUACGAUCCACAGUCUGUGUAACUUGCAGGAACGAGUACCCCAGAGACGUCUUCCAGGAUGAGCUUGCGAGGCUUAACCCGGCCUGGGCAGCCUUCCUCGUCGAAGCGUUAGCUUCCGGGGCGCUCGACACGGAGAAUCCUGCCGAGCGCAAGGCCAAGGGCAUUAAGUCCAACCCCGACGGCGACGUGGAUCUGCCAGGCGCGCCGUACACCACCUUUAGAUACCCGGCCUGCCCGCACUGCCUCGCGAAGCCGCCGUCCACGCCUGAGGGGACCAAGCACGUUGUCGAAGUCGACCACGAUGGUGCGUGGAAAUCCACCAGUUCCGGGGGCAUAUUGAAGCCCGCCGUGGUCAUGUUUGGUGAGAGCAUUCCGAGCGACGUCAAGACGGCGGCCGAAGAGGCCAUUGACGGGGCCGGAAAGCUUCUCAUAUUGGGGACUUCGCUUGCCACGUACUCUGCCUGGCGGCUGGCCAAGAUGGCGCUGGACCGCGGCAUGCCCAUUGCGGUGGUGAACACCGGAGGCAUACGGGGCGAGGACCAGAUCUCCGCCGUGGAAGACCCGGACCCCACGGGUGUUCGUGGAGUGCGGACAGAAGUGUCCACCGACGUCGUGCUUCCCGCGCUGGUAGAGCAGCUGCGCCAGCUGCAAAAGGCUGCCUCGGGUGAGAUUGGGACCGUAGGAGCGCCAAGAGAGAACCAUGGCGUGUUCAAAGAUAUGUUGUCAUAG